AUGAUUGGAAAGAGGAAGCGAGAUGCGGUUGUCGUCCGUCGGGAGAGACAGGACAAUGGUAACGAUGGCGGUAAGGGCAACAACGAUGUGCUCCGCAAGUAUUUCGAGAGCGUGUUCGAGCCGCUGCCCGAGUCCGACAUCAAAGCCGAAAUCGCGGAAGAAUCCUCGGAGGAAGGAGGGCCACUGAGCGACGGGGGCUCUGAGUUCUCAGGCUUCUCUGAUUCGGAGGACGCACGAUCUCCCUCUCCAGUCACCGUCGAGGUCAUCUCCCACGGCGGUGAACCCGCACAACAUGCCAAGCCCAGCUCCUUGACAGAGUUCAAGGCGUUUAUGAGUUCGAAACCUCCUAAGGAAGUGCCGCAGCAAAGACAAGUGGAGUCCGGGAGCUCAGAGGAGGACGAACUUGAAACACGCAACCUGAAACACGACCUCGACCUGCAGCGCCUCCUCAAAGAGUCGCACCUGUUCGAACGAGGAAGUCAAUCCAUGCCAGUGGUGGGCAGUGCUACGGGGAAGCAGAGGCAUAGGGCUACGGAUCUGCGAAUGCGUGAUUUGGGAGCCGGAACGGGCAGCGGUGGGCGAGAAUCAAUGCCCAUGGCCCACAGGAAGGGUAUUGAGGGCAAAAAGAAGGAGAAAGAGGGCAAGAGGAGAGAGGAGGCCAGGGAGCACGGUAUCGUGCUGGAGAAGAAGCAGAGGAAGGCUACGAGGGAGGGCAAGAGGGAGAGGGCGGUUGAUGCGCCUGGCCUGGGCAGGUUCAGAGGCGGGACGCUGACGUUGAGCAAACGUGAUGUGAAAGGUAUGCAGGGUCCUGCUCGCUCAUCAGGUAGCCGUCGGAGAAAAUCGUGA